AUGCCGCGAUCAUCUUCCGGAGAGCCAACUAAACCGUCCAAGCGAAAGGGCACCAGAAGUGUUUCGACCCUGACGCCCUCACAGCUGGCACGCAAGCGGGCCAACGAUCGUGAGGCUCAGAGAGCCAUUAGAGCAAGGACCAAGGAGCACAUUGAGCGUCUGGAGCGUGAACUGGCCGAGCUCAAGGGCGUCCAGAGCCGCGACAGAAAAGUCCAGGAGCUUCUCCGUCGGAACAAGUUCCUCGAACAGGAGAUUGCCCGUCUCCGGGAGCACAUGGGCUACACCGCCACGGACUCGUCCUAUUCCUCGAAUUCCGCAGGCCCAUCAGUCUACGACGACAACCUCAGCUCGGGCAGCGGUGCUGUGCCGAGUCCGAGGGUGUCGCCUCUGCCAUCCAGUGACUUCAACCAGAUCCCCGACUAUGCACAGCAGUCGUAUGGCCACAUCACAGGCGCUGGCGGCGAGGCGUGGCCAGCAUCCGUUGCGCCAAACCCCGUCCUGGGCAACAUUUCCAGCCCCUCAUCUCCUGCCCAUGGCGAGGAGUACAACGCGGCCUACAUUCCCACAAGCGUGCCCUCGAUGAUUCCGGCCACUCUCAAGGACAUCAAGCAGGACUACGACGAGAUGGACCACGGCAGUGGGCUCAGGCUCAACACCUCAACUCUGCAUAAUUUGCCACAGGCAUAUAUGCAGCAACACCAGCACCAGCAACAGCACCAACAUCAGCACCCUCAACACCCGCAACACCACCACCAGCAGGCGCCGCCGCCACCGCCUCUGCACGCAUAUGCUCAGCAACACCAGCAACAACCACCGCCUCACCCUGCGCACAGCGCAUCGCCUCACACGCCGCUGCAGCAGCGAACUCCGCAGUGGAAUGCCGCGUAUUCUUUAUACUACCCUCCAGAGAUGGCCGAUAGCCACGCCAACCCUGGCAUUCCUCGAUGA